CGCAGUGGCUCGGUCUGGGCAUCAUGGCAGUGGGCGUCUGGGCAUGGACCGAAAAGGACACCUUCAACAACCUGUCCCGCCUCACGAACGUCGCACUCGAUCCAGCAUUUAUCCUCAUUCUAGUCGGUACAGUGACAUUUAUCAUCGGUUUCACGGGAUGCGUCGGCGCGCUACGAGAGAACACAUGCCUCCUCGCCGCGUACGCGAUGUUUUUGGCGCUAUUACUGCUGAUGGAAAUGACUGUCGGUGUUCUGGGAUUCAUCUUCAAAGAUUGGAUAAAGUCACAAGCUACGGGAGGCUUCCAAGCGUUCAUCAUCCACUACAGAGAGGAUCCCGAUCAGCAGAACCUCAUCGAUUGGAUUCAAGAAGAUUGGUUGCAGUGUUGCGGCAUUGAGGGUCCGAGGGAUUGGGACCGCAACAAUUAUUUCAAUUGUUCGUCAAGCGACAUAGGCUCAAGGGAAGCGUGCGGCGUGCCUUUUAGCUGUUGCAAGCGAAAACCUAAUGAAAUCAUUAAAAAUAAACAAUGCGGUUAUGAUGUAAGAAAGCCCAGUUACAACUUUGAGGUCGCCAAAGUGAUUUAUGAAAAAGGUUGCAUACAGGCCGGCGAGGAAUGGAUAGAACGAAAUCUCCUCGCGAUUGCCAGCGGUGCGGUUGGCACAGCAUUCACUCAGAUUCUGGGAAUCUGCUUCGCGCAGAAUUUGCGCGCGGAUAUAUUCGCGCAAAAGGCGAAGUGGCAUUGACAAUCGCGUGCCCCCACGGCAGUCUAGCAUCUUGUCUUUAUAGAUGCUAACCGGCUACGUUGAUCGAAUCACAAGGUCUCGACGCGGACUCGGAGCUCCGGAGCGAGCGGAUCGAUUGGAUCUUUUCGCAGACGAAGAGCGGACGGAUAUCCUCGAAGGAUUUUCACGAUCGAGCCAACACCGAUGACCGGAUUGCGAUUCUCCGACGAUAAUCAGAUCCGCGCGAUAGCGCUGCGACUCGCACCGCUCGAAUCCUUCGACUUGUAAAUAUCCGAGAAACUUUGCAGUCGCGCGCGACGACCCCGUCCUGCUCCUUCCGUACCGUCCAAUCGAUUAAUCGUCUGAAUUGUCGAAUAAUGAGAGAAAUUGAUUGUUUUCGAAGUUCAGUCUUAUCGCGCCCUGAUUAACGUCGCUUUUGAGUAGAUUUCUUAUCGCAUAUACAGAUGGAGCAAUCGCCAAAAGUAAUGAAGAACUUAAAUAUCUACAUGUUAUUUAUUUGUGGCAUUGUGUAUAAUUUAAUUGUAUUUUAUACAAGGAUUAAUAGAGACAUAAAUUUUUACAUAUUAAUACAUGUAGUAAAAUGAGGAUCAACACAGUUUAUACAAAAAUAAAAAUUGGCAUUGUAAAUUUAGAUUAAUAAUAUAUUUAAUUCCAAUCGGAUCUCAAUUUUUGGCAAAUUAUAAUCGGAUAUUAGAAAUAGAAAAUUUUUCUUGCCAUGAUACAUAUACAUUUCUUUGAAUUAAGAUCAAUUUCUCUCGCUAUCAAACGACGUCGACGAGAAGACGUUGGUCGUCGCGACGCAAGCGUUCAGCAGGAAGGUUUUUCGACGAGUGCAUCGCAGUACAUCGUCACGAAAUAUCCGAUGUAACGUUUGUCUUCAUCACCGAAGCGGAACGUCUCGAUGUUUCAUCUCGACGUUGCUGCCUGCGAAACGUAUUUACUUUUUUGCGAGGAAACGUGCGCCAAAAUAUUUUUCUUAAGAAUUGCGAGAUCUCCAGGCAUCCCCUUUGCAAUGAUUGCUUCAAAAUUUUCACACAAAUCUAAUAUAAUCAAAAUUGAAUCUUUCGAAAAUCAUGGAAGGGCUUAUUUUUUUUAAUGAGUUACUCAAAUCCGUGAAAUAUUCCUUGUACGAAAAAAUUUUAUUAUAGAUUUUUGUACAGCAAUAAUAUAUUUUUUUCACUAGUAUUUCUUUAAGAUAAAUGAAUUUUGCUCAAAUAUAUAUAUGAUUUGACUUACAAGUGUCUUGAGUAACGGAAGUAUAGCUAGCUUGACUGAAUCGUUUGAUGAUUGUACAAAAGGGAUAUUUUCGUAUCGGAUAUAUUCGUUCUGGUAUAUCAGGCUUCUCAAAUCGACGAGUCAACAAGCGAUCACAAGUGACACUCAAAGCAGCGAACUCGAUUCCACGGAAAAUCGAUACUCCUAGGGCAAACAAUGGAAUCUCAUCCGUGGUGUCUGGUACUCGCAAUUCGAUCUCUCUCGAGACGCCUUAGGGCUGAUUGCAUCAACAUCGAUUAUCGUCGCUAAUCGUGGUUAACUGCAUUUCUGUUUUCUACCUAUAUAAAUCGAGGCCAUAAUUUAAAGGAGUUAUCAAUUAGAAUUAAUUAAUCAAGUUUGUCAAUGAUGCAGUUAAUUUUUAGACCUGAUCGUCAAUUAUCGCAAACUAUUGUUAAUCGGAUAUUUUCUA